GAUUUGCGCUGCCCUCCCGUCGCCGUUCGUCGUGAUUCGUGUGCUUUGUGGUGCCAUGGAAGGAAUCGUGAUUCCUCGUGGUUCCGCGCAAUCUAUUUAAUUUUCCAAAUUUGAAUCUAGUUUCUUCAUUUAAUUCUGUCUUAUGGUCAUUGCAUUUUGAGGGUGCAGCCUUUUUUGAAAGUUCCACAUCAUGGAUUUGAACGAACACGAAUUGGCCGAACUGGAGGAACGUUUGUACUCGCGUAUCCACCACGCAGCUGAGGGAUCCGCUGACGAUAAUGUCUCCACGGAAGCAACGGCUGCCGCUGCAGCAGUUCCAGGAGGAUCCGCCGCUGCUGGUCCGGUUCGAUUGGUGACGGAUAAAUCGAUUAUCAAUAAUGCCCGACAGACGGCAUCGGUUGCUUCUUCGAAAAUCAAACGCUAUUGGGAUUCGCUUCAGCAGCAGAACAGUCGACUGUCCUAUCCUGGCAUACGGCAACCCAGGAGAGCUGUCCCCGAGCUAACUGAAGUUAGGGAUGGUUGUGGCGCUGCUGAAGGUGCUGCUGUACAACCGAGGAAGGUUUUCACUCCAUACAAAUCGAUUCUCGGAUCUUUGGGAAGUGGCUUGUUGAGAGAAGACGAUCAUCCUUUGCCAACGAUAGAUAAUUUGGAAGAUAAACAGAAGCGGAGGAAAAACACGCAAAAAGAUGGCAAACGAAACAACCCUGCAGGAAGUCGAAAUCGGAAGAUGGACCAACUGAAAAAAAUCAAGGUAAAAAAGAGCAAAGCUUUGAAAAGUCGCCAAAAAGCAGGAGGUUUAGGUGAGCAGCGGCUUGUGGCCACAAUCGAUCUCGACACUUCGUCUGAGGAGGAAGGCGAGUAUGUUUCACCAGAUCCGAUCAAACAAGAGAAGAAGGAGAAAGAAUCCGAGGAACGGCACGAGGAUUCCGAUCCGGAUGAGGUGGUUUUAAUUCCGACUGCUCCUCCACCGUUGGUGUGCAUCGAAGACAGCGAAGAUGACGCCACCAAAGAUGGGUUUACGCAGCCAAAGUCGAAAAAGAAAAAGCAAUCCAAGAAGACUCGCUCUCCACGCUGCGUCAGUCCGUCUAACAGUUCGAUCAUGUCCGACGAUUUCAUCGGCCACAGCGAUCGUACGCGGUUUAACGAUAGUUUUAUCGAGGGAAUCAACAACGACGAAGAAUUGGAUUGUACGGCACCUCACACGGUCGGAUCGCUGCUCGCUGGGGAACGUAGAGUCUUCGGGGACAUUGCUCGAGAAGCGCGUGCUCCAUCCAUAUCCUCGGAUUGUACGGUUGCCACAAGUAGCGAUACCACUGAUCCGGAUAAACGGAACGGCUUGAAACCGAAUCAAUCGAUUGGAGGCCAAACACUUGGUACUCCAAAGCUAUCUUCUACCCCAAAGCAAAUCUUACCCUCCAAAAGGGCUGUCGUUGUCGCAAAACCUUCGAAAUGCGUUGAAGACGACAGUAUUUAUGCAGCUACAUCCGCCAAAAAGGCGAAAGCCGCAACCGAAAAGAAUCCCACCAGCGGCUCAUCGUCCGAAGAGAGCGACGAUGGAAAUAUUUCAUCCCACUCGAAGCGCUCCAAAUCCUACCAAUCCGACACCAGUACGAAAAGCCUGCUGAAACGCCGAAAGAAGCGUCGUAAGCAAGACUCGGAACAUUACUCAGAUGAAGACUUUGCUUCCAUGUUGACCGACAUCGUGCAAGCCAUUUCCGAGAACGAAGAGGACAGUUCUGAGGAGGAAGAAGAAACGCCCUUGAUGGAGAUAGCCGAUGCGUCUCUACAAGAAAGGGAGCAAUCCCCUCAGUCACCAAGAGAAGCUCUCUUUAUCGAUCAAUCGGACGACGUUCAAGAAGUUCAGGAAGAACCCGAACCGCCAACUGAUAUCAGUUUGCCACAGAUCAACCAAACAAUGGAAGUCGCGUCUCCCACGAUGGUGAAAAACGACCCACAGGAAACUAAGUCUACACCGGAGCAGCCCGUCCCGGAGACGGAAAGUGUUCCACUUGCCCCACCGCCGCCGGUCAUAACUGUGGCCGAUGAAGAAUCCCAGCCGAAUCGAUCGCAACGCGAGAACCAACACCAGGAGCGCAUUGAUGAUGCGGACGACGAUAUGUGCGGAAUACGCCGCAUCGAUCACGAUCCGGAGUGCGGCUGGAACGAUGAGAUGCGCAAGUUCUACAAUGACUCCUGGAACUGUGAGGACUUCAACAUUUCGACCGUGCUGUUCAAUAUGCCGCGGUCCAACAAGUACUGGCCCAUCGUGCACAAGGACAAAUAUCCUGAUCCACCCAAGAAGGAGAUAAUUUGCAACAACUGUGGCGAACGUGGCCACAUGCGCUAUAAAUGUCGCAAUCCUCCCAAGCCGAAGACGUGCUACAUGUGUGGUCUGCCGGGUCAUCAGGAGGUUCGCUGCCCGAAUACAUUGUGCCUUAAGUGUGGUGAGAAGACCAAAAACUUCCUACGCGGUUGUCCGUCGUGUGCUCGCGAGCAGAACAUGACCUGCCAUCUGUGUGGAGUGCGCGGUCACGGUCAGAGAAACUGCCCGGACAAGUGGCGCCGAUACCAUUCGACGACCGAGGACCACAAGCCCUUGACGCAGCAAUAUAUCCGCAAUCCGAAUGCUAGACAUUGCUGCAUAUGUUCCCGAGUUGGUCAUCAGGCACACAUGUGUGGCGCUGCGUUGAAAAUCUUUGGCCAGUUUGUCACCACAACGGAGAUCAAGAGUUACCAGCCGUUGUACAAUAUAAACGAACAAUCGCGACAAGAGAAUCAAAAUCGAGGGCCCAAAUUCAACAUGUUUAGCGAUAUGACAGACUAUGAACUUAAUUUCGAUGAUUCUUUCGCAGCCAAUGAGAAUAGCUUCUACUAUCGGUUUGCGAAGUCGGUCGGUAUCAUAGAGGAGAAAAAAAGGAAAGCGGAAAAAGUUGCUCGGAAGCUAAAAAGAGAAGAAAGGAAGCGAAGAAAAGCUGAAGGCAAUCGAAACGAGGCGAUUUGCUCAAAUGAAACCGUAGUGAUCGAUGAUGAUUCAAAAGAUCUAGAACAUUCUGCAGACCGAGCCAAAAUGAGUCCACCUCAAACGAUCACGAAUAGUACCCAAACUAAAUCGGUAAAUGAAGAUUCUAACUAUAGCUUCUCAGAGUUCUAUGAAGCCAAUACUACUAACCUACCUCAAUCAUCCGAACCUAUGCCGGAUUUUAUUCCUCUGGUUGCCCCUGAAACAGCAAUCGUCCCGGUUCCGAGUGUGGAACAACCCACCGAUGCAAAAAUAUUCCUCACCAAACCGCAUGCUAAAAUUCUGCUGGGUCCCAUUGGAGCUGCCUUUCUCAAAGAUGCCUCUUCGAAGUUUUCGCUUAAGGUAAGCAUUUUGUUCCAAACGGUGGGAAACGUUCUACUGGCAAAUGGAUUGUCCACCGAUCAGGACAAUUUCCACAAUGAGUUGGUAAAAUUUCUCAACAAUGCGUCUCAUCAGAAUGAACAGCUGAAACUUAUUAACAAUGUACCGAAAGCCACCGAAAAAACCAUUCGCUACAUCAUAGAUCAUCUGGUGUUGCUUACACGAUCCUACGAAAAUGCCAAGGUACUUUUCAAGCGCUACCAGCAUUUCGAAGAGCAAGGGGCAAACACAAAAACUUGCGAUAAAAUUCGACGCACUUUGAAUAUCAUUCUGUUUGGUCAGUAUGGGCUGAGAGCAGGUCGCGAACAUCUGACAAAACUGCAGUCGAACCUCAAACAUCUGCAGGAUACACAAGAAGCGAAUGUAUCAACAGACUUUCGAGACGAAAUCAACCAGCACAUACGAUACAUUUUCACAUCUUUCGACCAUACUGAUUACGAGGACAUUUUGAAUGAAUACGAAAAGUUACGCAGAUUUAAGAAGCUCAACAAAAUUAAGCCCGAAGAACUGGAUUUGCCUAAAUUACCUCCUCUCACAGCUGGAGUCGAGCCCAUCAGCAAGUCAGAUGAUUCGUUCAACUUCAGCAAAGAUUUGAAUUUCGAUAAUUCCUGCAACGAGCCAAGUUCAUCAAACACUUACGAUGAAGACCUUAUCUUGAACACUUCAGAUCAGUUGAUCGAUACUACCCGACCUGCAGACAACUAUGAUGAUCAGUUUGACGAGGAUCCGGAUCAAUACGUUCAGAAUCAAUCUUUUGCAAAUUUCACACCAAAACCGAAAAAGCACAGUUCCAAAAAACACCGGGUCGAUACACUACUCGAAGAGUGCAGUCACAUGGUAACAAUGCUGAACAACACGCCCAUUACGGAGAAAUUCGAACGGAUAUCCAACCAAACCCGGAGGGGACACCUGUCCAAGGCGAACUACCGGACGUUGGUGGGGAUCCAUUCGGUGCUGCGAAACAGACUCAAUCGUAAGUUGCCGUUUAGAAAGUAGGGGGAAACUGUUUUUUAUUAUGUGAAACCCAAUUUGAAUGUUUUUCAUAUAUUUUUUUUUCGUUUGAGGAUGGCAACGUAGUUGCGCUUAGUUUUCAAUAGAUGAAUGUGAAGUGUACAA